AUGAUUGGAGAGAACUAUCUCACGGUUCACAUGUGGGACAAGGAUUUCAACCCGUAUAAUCAUGAGAUCUUGUCAACUUUGGUGUGGGCUCGGUUACUCGACCUACCUGCCCAUUAUUUUCACCCAGAUGCAAUGAUGAAGAUUGCGCAGCGCAUUGGGAAGCUGCUACGGGUGGACCAUGCAACGAGCACGGGUGCUAGACUGGACUAUGCGCGAGUUUGUGUCCAAGUGGACAUUACGAAGCCGCUCUUGUUACAAUUUAAGAUACAUGGGAUUAAAUAUUUCAUUCAAUAUGAGGGUUUGGAGAACAUUUGCCUACAAUGUGGAACAUAUGCGGCACGAGGCCGCUGUGCUUGUACCCCGCCGACGAAGAUGGACCAAGAGACAGUUAGCCCACCGGACCCGCAUGAGCUGGCCGAGCAGAUGGGAAAUCCACCAUCCCAAAGACCACCAGAGAAGGAGCAAGUAUAUAACGAGUGGGUGAUUGCAAAGAAGAAGGUGAAGGCGCGAAAGGACACGCCAAAUGGGAAGGCUGGUAAACAGCCUCAACGUGGGUUCGAGCACGCUGCUAGUGACAAGACGGGAUCCCGCUUUUCCGUGCUAAGCGAAGAGGAGAAUGUUGACAUACCCAGAGGAGUGAACACAACAGAUGUUAUAGGAUCUAGCGGCAAGCUCAAAGGUGAUAAUUUGAGACAGAAUAAUCAAAAUACUAAAUGGUAA